AUGAAACUCAAAUUUCUUCUGAUCUGCUUCCUGGCCGUCUCCCUUCUCGUCUCCCUUUCGGAGGCUGGAAAGGAUCGCAAGAAGAAGAAGCAGAAGGAGAGACAAGAAGACGAGGAAAGCAACGAAGAGACUGUCGGAGGUGAGUUCUGGAACAGGUUUAAAAAAAAAUAGGAUUAUAUGCAGGAAAGGGAAUCGAGAAUUCGGGAAAGAAUGCGAAUGAGAAGGAACGCAAUUCGGUUCUCGAAAAGCAAGCGGAAAAGAAGACUGAAGAAGAGGAAUCGUCGUCGGAAGAAGAUGAGAAAGAAGAAGCGGAGAACAAGAAUAAGACCAUCAUUAUCCGCGUGAGUCUGAAAGAAACUUCUAGAACACAUUUUUGGAUUCCAGAAGAAGAGAAGUGACGACGGAGUUGCUCUUCCAAAUGAUUCGCUUGCCGAAACAUCAAAGGUACAUUAGAUUUUUGGAUGUUAUACUAGUUUUUUUUAUGUUCAGGUGAAGAGAUCGACCGACAACGAACGUGUUCUUCCAACCGACGCUGCCAACAAGGUUUGUGAAUUGAGUUUUUUCCUCAGAUUCAAGGUUUGUAUAAGCAAACUGAUUUGUGUGUUUCAGUUCAAGCGCGAUACCACUCAAAUGCAGAAAUCGAAAGAAUUGAAUGAUGGCGUGCAGAUUCCGCUUGAAAAGAAGCCAACAGCAACAGCGACGCCAGGAAAUUGA